GAGGCGAUUUCUAACUUAGCAGAUUCGCAGAACUAAUUUAACAAAGCAGACCCCUAGUCAGUGGCAAUGGUGUUACGAAAUAAUGGACAAGUUCGCAGUUGAUAUUGAAAAAGUACUGGACGAGUUCGAAUACAAUGAAGGUAGAGAAGAAUCAAUCGUACCGUCAGUUAUCAACAACCAUGCUUUAUCAAUUUCCCAGAAGCCUUUUAAAACACCUGCUUCAACCUACCGUAGGCCUGCUUUUGAACCGAUAAAUCUCGCCGAUGCGGAUUUCGCAGCCACUCCUAUAAAUCCUCAAAAUUACACGAGUCUUAUAAAGCAACACAAUUUCCAGGAUGUUUAUAACAACAGCAACAACAACGGGGAAUCUGAAAGUGUAAAUGCCAUCUCAGCCAAUUGUUUCAAUCAGAACGAGAACAUCGAGAAAAAAGAAGACAUCUGUGACAGUAACGUUAGUUUGAGUGAGAACAGUGAGGAAGUAGAAAUUUGCUCUGAUGGGACUCCUGAUUUGUUGGACUCAAAUGCAAUCAAGCCAGUUCAAAAAAACAUUAAUGAAGAUCCAGAGUUGCACAAUCAACUUCCUGACAUAACAUCAGUAAGAAACACUGGUUUGGUUCAGAUAGAGAAGACUGAUAUCCAGCCAGUCUUUGACCUUAUAAAACAGACGAAACCUGUAGAAGAUGAUCUACCACCAGUUGUUGAAGUCAGUUCCCUUAUCGAAGAGGAAGAUACAAAAUUAAAGCCUGUAGGAUUUGAUAAUGAUAACAUCUCUGAGGCUGAACUUGAAAAUUAUUUGAAAUACCUUGAGGAAGAAAUCAGUGCAAUUCCAAAAGAUUCUAGCAAAAAUUGUUCCGUGACUGAAAGUGAUGAUCUGUUAAAUACUCAGAAAACACCCACAGAAGAAUGUGAUGAUAGUAAAAAUGUUGCCGAACAAGUUCAAGUUAUAUCUCAAGUAAUCCUAGAACCUGAAACACCAGGUAUAGCUGAUGAUCUUACAGGAGGCGAAAUAGAAGAGGAUAGGGAUAAGGAUAGUUUUUCAAUAGUGAGAAAUAUAUCUAGUGAAAUUUACAAGAUAACAGAUGUUACCGAAGAAGAUCUUCAAGAGGAUGAAGUCAGCUUAGUCGAAGACAAUGGCAUUUUAGAAAUACCAAAUUCACUGGUUAUUGAGGAGCAGUGUAAUGCAAGUAAUUGUACAAAUGAACAAAACCCUGACGAAGAAACUUCUAAUCAAGAAUCAGAGGAAAUAUUUGUUGAAGCGAGGACAUCACAUGAAGAGCCGGAAGAUUUCCACAGUAAAGAGACUGAUGUAAAUAGUAUAGAAAUUAACAGUGUAGAAGUUGGUGAAGAAAACGAGGAUUGUAUAGCCGCUGAAAAUCAAGUCAAUGAAAAUAUCGAGAACGUGGAAAAGUCUGUAAGUCAAGAGAGCGUUGUAGAAAGCGGUUUGGUUGUGGAAAACGAAGGCUCGUACACUACAGAGGCUGAGGAACAGAGCGAUCAGUUGAACGAUGAGCGUCCUGUUAGGCCAAGUACACUACCCCUUGAAUCAAAUUUGAUGCUUGAUAGCGAGGAAAGCCCAACACCGACUAACAUUUCAGCGACCAACUCGUCAGCACCAACAAGCCCCAUGGACAAAUUGGGAAAGGUUGCACCUUUUUGGGUACCUGACACUGAAAGCGAUUGCUGUAUGCAGUGUCGGGAUAAAUUUACACUUAUCCGAAGGAGGCAUCAUUGCAGAGCUUGUGGCCUUGUCUUAUGUUCAAAAUGUUGCAAUUUGAAAGCUCCAUUAGAGUACAUGCAGUUCACUGAGGCAAGGAUCUGUCAACCCUGUUUCAACAUAAUAUACAGAGUGAGUCUUGACGAUGGAAGGUAUAAUCUAGGUAGGCAGCCGAAUCCAAACAACCCAAUGGAAUAUUGCUCGAUGAUACCACCAUUGCAGCAAGCAGCUUCAACGUUAAACCAACCUCCUCCUUCUGUACUUGUACCAACAGGUGUCUUGAAAAGAGAAGGGCGAGCUAAGUCAGAUGUUCCCAAACAAGUCAUAUUCAGCGAUGGCAUAAGGCCCGGUGGUGAUCUGACCGAGCUAGAUGGUCCAUCAGAAUCGAGGCUUUUGCCUAGAAGGAGUGUUCGUAAAAUGGCUGGACCUCCAAAUGGAAGUAAAAGUCGUGGUGCGAACUCACCUGCUCAUCAAAGGCCUUUGGAUCCAACAACACAAAGCUACAUACCAGCUGAUUCCAACCUUCCUCCAUUAGUCACAAUUGAGAAUGGACAGCUUCAGUUCAGCGAUGAUGUUCAGGAGGUUGCUGAUCAGACGGUCAAAUUCGCUAUUAACAAUAACCUAUUUGUUAACAUAAAACGUGUCAAAUUGGAUUGUUGCGUCAAGCGGGAAUGCUGGAGUGUUUCUUCUGAGGGCCUUGCCUUCGUGGGGCAAGAUGAAAUUGCAAUAAUUCUAGAAAUUACCGAAAACGAGGUUUUGCCUCCUGUCGAUAUUUUUCAUUUGAUAAACACUCUUUAUUUAGAGGCAUCUAAAGGCACAACAGUAAGCGAAAUGAGUUUUACACCUGCAUUUUCAAACAACAUGUUCAACUCUAAGGAUCACGGAGGGUUUCUCUACAUUAGACCUACGUUUCAAUGUACAACGAACCUUCUUCUUCCUCCACAACCGUAUCUCAUCGCCAUAUUAGUCCACAGCUGGGAAACUCCUUGGGCACGACUCUUCCCCUUACGGCUCGUCUUAAGGCUUGGAGCUGAGUACCGAUAUUAUCCUUGCCCUUUGGUUUCAAUUAGAUCCCGACCACCACUGUACACAGAUAUCGGGCAUACUGUUAUGAAAAUACUUGUGGAUUUCCGAAAAUAUAGUUAUUCAUUAGCUACAGUAAGAGGACUUCUUAUUCACAUGGAAGACCGUCAGACUACAAUUUUAUUUCCUAGGAAUGGCUACGAUCAGGUUGUGAGAGCUUUGAAUAACUCAAACGAUGGUGUUUUGGCUUUUGGGGCAAAUCUCAGCUUGGAAGCUGACUCACAUCUUGUUUGUAUACAGAGUACUAAAGAUGAAAAUACAUACAACAGUCAGGCUAUUAACAUUCAAAGCAAACCCAGAAGAGUGACAGGAGCAAGUUUUGUGGUCUUCAAAGGUGCUCUCAAAACGGCAGGGUUGUCCGGAAAGAGCAGCAUUGUCGAGGAUGGCCUGAUAGUUCAUUUGCCCAGCGAAAGCAUGACCAACCUCAGAGCCGCAUUACGAGAUAUGAAAGACUACACCAUCUCGUGUGGGCCUAAUGACGAAGAGACCGUACAUCUCCAGUGGUGUGCCGAUGACACCAAUUUCAACAUUGGCGUUAAGAGCUUUAUAGAUGAUAAACCUUUUGAUGGUGUACCAUCAAUCAGGGUCCACAAUGGCACAGAUUACCCAGGCAUUGAUCAGAAAAAGAUCAUCAGAUGGACAGAAGUUUUCAUUUUAAAAAGUGAAGAAGGUAGCAAAGCAACCGACCCGCUUGAUAUCAGCAGAGUGUCAGAGUCGAUAGCUUCAGCCACGUGCAUGGCACUCGUACCAAUGUUGGAUUCACUUGCCGAUGCCAAUCUCACGCCCCUUGCCAUCAGGGCAACGAUACAUCCUGAAAACGUUGGCUACGAGGCCGGAAGCUGCGGUGCCAAACUGCCCUCGGUGUAUAUGAACCGGCUAGACGAAGAGCUCAUCCGAGUGCUCCACCAGGCGGCUAUGUCAUCACAUGAUUCUCCAGCUGUUCUUGAACUCGUCUUCAGGAUAAUGAACCAUCCCCAGCAGUAAAAUUAUUUUCUAAGCCGUAGAUUAAGAUUCUAACUGUUAAUAAUGUGAUAUUCAUUACUUAUUGAUUUUAUUUCAGUGAGAGAUGUACUCAAUUUUUUAUUCCAUUUAUCUCUAGAAAAGAAAUUAGUAUUACUAACAAAAAUAAUAGGGUUUUUAUUAAAAUCACAGAUUUAAUUUUCAAGAUUAAUAUAUUUCUUGAUCCCAAAAAGCCUUAUUUUAAGAAAAAUUAUUUAACUAUUAUAAAUAAAUUAUUUUAAUUGAUAUAUUUAAAGCACUACAGGAAUUUGCAUGUUUAUUUUUGUAUUGCUUUUAUAAAUUAACUUUAUUUGUACCCACUAAAAACUGGCAAUUGAAAUAGUAUUAUAUAGCGGUUUAAAGUUCUAUAUUUUAAAAUUCUUUUUAGUCCCUUGAAUAAAGAUCAGUAUAUAAAAACUCAAAAACUAAUUUGCUAGUAGGUAUUUAAUCCCUCACCUCACUAAGACUUACGAUGUACAACUAGAAUGGGUUUUCGUUUUUGGUUCAAAGCUAAAUCUAGAAUAUUUAAGAAAUUAAAUCAUUGAGGAUAUAUGUAAAUUUAAAAUUUUUCACAAUAUCGGUUUUGAUUUUGUAAUUUCUACCAUGUAAAAUGUAGUUACACAAUCAAUUAUCGCUUUAAAGUGUAUAUGAUCUGUGUAUGAUUUUUAUAUAUAUAAAAAAUUAUGGUGUAAAUAUUAAAUUAUUAGUGAAUCUGUGCAAUGAAGGUUUUACAGGAAGGGGCUUACAAAAUAUAAAUAAUAAUAAUGACCUUCUUUACAAUGAAGUGAUGUGAUUAAAAAUUGAAAGUGUUUUGAAAAAAAAAUUACUGGAGCUUUAUAUUUGUUAAUAUUGUUAUUAUAAUCUAAGUACUCUUAAUUGUCUUUAUUUAAUACCUUUUUUUAAUUUCUUUUAAAACUUACUUGAGUGCUAAAGGUGGCACAUGAAAUUUAGUGUUAGAUGGGUUAUUUGUGCUCAUACGCAUGGCCAAAAUACCAUAUAACCAAAAAAGUUUGAUGUUGUGAUUUGUAAUUUGUUAUUGUUUUAAAACUGUUAAUCAACAUUUCUAUUUA